GGAGAGAGCUGGCAGAUGUCCCGGGCGAGAGAACCUCUUCCUCCGGGGCCUGCAGGGCCCGCGCGCGCCGCUCCGGCUGAAAAGAGCUUUUUGAUCUCGCUCCCUGGAGAAAAAUCUGGAGACAGAAUGGCUGUAGGGGAGAGAGAAACAACACAGCCUUCAAAUAACCAAAGUAUACAGGGAAAUACACAAGGCCAGUCAGUCUGGAGAAAUAAUGCUAGUGAUGACCUCGUCAGAACCCAGCCUGAACGUUUGCCCCAGCCAAAUGCUUCGUUCCUUGAAAAGCACAAGGAAGAAACUAACAGAACACAAAAUGGUCAUGCAGGUCUGAGUAAUGGAAGUGGAAUUCACAAUGGAGUCAAACUUUUAGCAAAAGAUAAUAGAACGUUCUCAGCACCAGUUUCCCAAAAAAUGCACAGAAAAAUUCAGUCCAGCUUGUCUGUCAGCAGUGAAAACAGCAAGAAAAGCUCUGCAUAUUCUCAUAAACCAGGUUCUUCACCCGAAGAUUGCUGCGUUCACUGUAUCUUGGCCUGCCUGUUCUGCGAAUUCGUCACCCUCUGCAGCCUUGUCUUGGGACAAGCAUCAUGUGGUAUCUGCCCAUCGGAAGCCUGCUGUUGCUGUUGUGGGGAGGAAAUGGGAGAUGACUGCAACUGCCCAUGUGAUAUGGACUGUGGCAUAAUGGAUGCCUGUUGUGAAUCAUCAGACUGUUUGGAAAUCUGCAUGGAAUGCUGUGGGAUUUGUUUCCCAUCAUGAGACACUUCAUGUAUUUAUGGCUUAUAAU